AUGUUUUACAACGAAUUAGAAGAAUUUUUAAACUCUUCACUUUAAUCUCAUUAGGUUCUCCAUAUUUAUCUGCCUGACAGUUAAAUUAGUGAUGAUGGUGUAUCAGACUUAGGUUCGGCUUUAGCAAAUUGCACUAAUCUCUCAAAUUUGGGACUUAAUCUUAGUUCCAAUAAAAUUGGUCAUAAAUGUGUAUCAAGCUUAGGUCCUGCUUUAGCAAAUUGCACUAAUCUCUCAAAUUUGGCACUUUAUCUUGAUUCCAAUUAAAUUAGUGAUGAAUGUGUAUCAAAUUUAGGCUCUGCUUUAGCAAAUUGUACUAAUCUCUCAAAUUUGACUCUUGAUCUUUAUAAGAAUUAAAUUUGCACAAUUAGUGUAUCAGGCUUAUGUUCUGUUUUAGCAAAUUUCACUAAUCUCUCAAAUUUGUCACUUAAUCUUAGUUUCAAUUAAAUUGGUAAAAUUUGUGUAUCAGGUUUAGGUUCUGCUUUAGCAAAUUGCACUAAUCUCUAAAAUUUGACACUUAAUCUCGGUUCCAAUUAAAUUGGUGAUGAAUGUGUAUCAGGCUUAGGUUCCGCUUUAGCAAAUUGCAAUAAUCUCUCAAAUUUUACACUUAAUCUUGGUUCCAAUUAAAUUGGUGCAAUUGGUGCCUCAAGCUUAGGUUUUGCAUUAGCAAAUUGUACUAAUCUCUCAAAUUUGACACUUUACCUUGAUGACAAUUAAAUUGCUAAUGAAAGCGUAUCAGACUUAGGUUCUGCUUUAGCACAUAGCACUAAUCUCUCAAAUUUGAUACUUAACUUUAGUGAUAACUAAAUUAGUGACUCAUAAAAAUUCAAACUAAAAAGCAAAUGUCUUAAAUCAAAAAGAUUAGUAAUCUUUGCAAUGUAUUUCUACUGA